GUCGGUCAGCUGGGCGCAGGGCGGGCGGUCGGGCGGCGCGGGCGGUAGCGGCAGCGGCGUUGGGGGCUCGGUCGCUGGCUCAGGGGAGAAGGCGCCCGCUCCGCCAUGGCCGAGACGAUCGCAGACACCCGGCGGCUGAUCAGCAAGCCGCAGAACCUCAACGACGCCUACGGGCCGCCCAGCAACUUCCUGGAGAUCGACGUGGGCAACCCGCAGACGGUGGGGGUGGGCCGCGGCCGCUUCACCACUUACGAGAUCCGCGUCAAGGUGAGCCGGCCCGGGAGCGGGGUGGCGGUGUCGGGCUCUCGUGUCGCCCGGCGCUGGCCGGGGUGGCGGUGUCGGGCUCCCGCCGCCGUGUCCUUCAGGACCGGUGUCACGGCUGCUGCGGUGCGGGGCGCUGGGGGGCGGUGGCAGAGCCGCAGUGGACUCUCCAUCCUCGGCCUGGGGUUGAUAACUCUGUGACGGGCUCCUGGUAGCUGAGGCGGUGCAGCUCGUUACAGAUAACCAAAGGACAAGUGCUCUUUCGGCUCCGCUGUGCACAGCUUGUCCUCAGACUUGAAAUACCGCUGGACUGUGAGCCAU